GAUGCGUCUUACGUCAGAUCAUCGGUGGCGAAACUGCUCGGGCUAGCCGUGGUUGGGACGGGGACGUUUGCCUGCAUGGGAUUUCAAGAAAGAGGUGAGGAGCCACGUGAGUACCAGAAAGUGCAAAUGCUACUCAAGAGUCGUCAUGGCGGAGACCCUCAUGAGUUCGAAUUUUGGAAGACUGACCGUCUGUGCUCUCAACCCACCCCCGCUCGGCCACCUUCAGUGCUCUUUGAACCGCGCCUGCUGCUGGCGGACGACUUCGCGGGUGGUCCUGUGGAUGUGCUGAUUGGAGCGGACCAACUCUACAGUGUCUUGCUGUGGAACCAGAUCUCGCUGGCGACGAAUCUCCGGGCCAUAGAGACCGUGUUUGGCUACGUCAUUCACGGACAAGAGGGCGGUACCGUCAACCCACAGCCUGUCCGCUAUGCCUACCGAUGCUGUCGCCAGAUGGGGAAUGUCGAACAGAUGUGGACCUUGGACUCAGUCGGGCUCACUGACCCGGUGUUGAAGGAGACCUCAAGCUCUAAGCCGACAUGGAACGAGGAGGACCACCGGUACGAGAUGGGCCUGUUGUGGACUUCCGAUGAGCGCCCUGUCAGUAACCAGCAUGCUACGUCUAUCCGCACCAGGCGCAUGGAAAGCAGACUAGAUCCAGCUCAACAUUCGGAAUAUGGCUCUCACAUCGACAGUUUGCUGCAGAGCUCCGUCAUCGAGACCUCUUCAAAAGAAGACGAUCUCCACUCACCUGGCGAAAUACCGCGCCUCAGAACCAGAGCUUUGUGAAAAGUUGGAAGCUGGCCUGUACAUGGAUGAUGUCUGUACCACCUUCGCCACCAGAGCAGAGGCUGAUCAGAACGUGAAGAAGACGGCAGACAUCUUCUCAGAAGCAGGCAUGAACCUCCACAAGCUGCGAACCUCUGGUGACAGUUCACCCGAUGCACAAGUGCUAGGAUUGCUGUGGAGUACCAGCACAGACAGCCUCGCAGUCUGCGUGCCCAUCAUGGACUGCCCAGCCACCAAACGGCAGCUGUUAGCGGCGGUGUCGAAGCCGUUCGACCCUUUAGGCGUGUUAUCACCAUGGCUCGUCGUCGGCAGAGUUUUAUUUCAGAGAACUUGGAAGGAGACAAAGGCAGCCGAGUGGGACGCCAGUCUUCCACAGGUACUUCAGGAGGAAGUGAGAAUAUGGUGUCGCGACACGGCGAACCGAUUCGUGAGAUUUCCUCGCGCUGCUCUGAGCUCCACGGGUGAUCCAGCAUUCCACGUGUUCUGCGAUGCAUCGAGGAGAGCGUGUUGCUGUGCCGUAUACGUUGUAGAGGGAAGCAAAUCACAUCUUCUGAUGGCAAAGGUCCGACUGGCUCCUAUCGACCCCGCCCUUACCAUACCUAGGCUCGAGCUGAUGGCAGCUGUGCUCGGCUGUCGACUCAUGGAUUUUGUCAAGCAGACUCUCCAC